UUAAUUAUUUAUUACAUGUUAUAAAGUCAUGAAGCUACUGAAGAAAAAGACUCUUAAAUAAGUAAGAAACAAAUUACAUAAAAGAACUCCAGUUCUCAGCCAGUGAUUGUGGGAAUGCACUCUUCUGUUGGAAUAAUCUGUGAAUGUCUUGUUGGAUGAGGUCAUAUCUGUUAUUUUCAUUUUCACUCCUAUACAUUCUUCCCUAUGGACUUGCUUUAAAGAGGGAAUAAUGGUGACUGAACCAGAUAGUCUGUAUGUGACUCUGCUGAUUCUCCUCCACAGUUUAACCUCUGAAUCUGUGAAGUUUGAAGUUCAUGGUCCCACUGAAUCCAUAGUUGCUGUGGCUGGUGAUGACAUCAUUCUGCCCUGUUACCUCAAACCCAACAUCAGUGUUGAGGACAUGACAGUGGACUGGCGUAACCUUGACUACAUAGAUGAACGUGUCUAUCGUUACCAAAAUGGAAGAAUCAUAGAAGAGGAUCAGAUUCCCUCCUACAGAGGAAGAACAUCACUGUUUAAAGAGGAACUGUGGAAGGGAAACACCUCUUUAAAACUGACCAGGGUACAAGGCACUGAUGAGGGACGUUACAAAUGCUUUAUCAUGUCAAAAGACUACUAUGAUGACAUAACUAUUCAAGUCUUUGUUAAAGCUGUAGGAUCCAGGCCAGUGGUGUCCAUUGAAGGACACAGAGAGGGAGGGAUGGGUCUGGUGUGUCAGUCUGAAGGCUGGCACCCUGAACCUGAUCUGGUGUGGCUGGACAGUAAAGGAGUCAGUCUCUCUGCUGAACCUCCUGAGACACACAGAGACUUAAAGGGAUUCUACACAGUCAAACAACAUGUCAUUGUCCAGGAGACUGACACCAACCUCUUUACCUGCAGAGUUCUACAGAAACAGAUUAAUGAGGACUUCGAAACAAAGGUUCACAUCCCAAGUGAGUUGUUUGAUUACACCACUCCAUGGAGACUGUCCUUCAUUGUUUCAUGUUGUUUGGGAGUCAUCACUGUGAUUGCUUCAGCUCUCACAGUCUACUGCAUACAUAAAAAGAAAGGUGCAAUAAUCCGUCAAAUCCAACAACAGCAGGGCUACCUAAUGAAGAAGGAAUUCAAAGACAUCAGAAGACAUGCAGUGGAUGUGACUCUAGACCCUGAUACUGCACAUCCAGAACUCAUUCUGUCUAAUGACGGGAAACAAGUGAGACAUGGAGACAAAUACCAGAAUCUACCUGAAAACCCAAAGAGGUUUACACGUAAUAUCAAUGUCCUGGAUAAGGAGGGUUUCUCCUCAGGGAGAUUCUACUAUGAGGUUCAGGUGAAAGAGAAGACUGAAUGGAUUUUAGGAGUGGUCAGACAGUCAAUCAACAGGAAGGGGGGGGUUACACUGAACCCUUAUCAUGGAUUUUGGACUGUGUGGCUGAGGGAUGGAGUGUAUAAGGCUUGUGCACACACCCCUGUCACCCCCUCCCUGAGAGAGAAGCCCCAGAAGGUGGGAGUGUUUGUGGAUUAUGAGGAGGGACAGGUCUCCUUCUUCAAUGUGGAGGCCAGGUGUCAUAUCUACUCUUUCACUAGACAAAUCUUCACUGACAAACUCUAUCCUUUCUUCUGCCCUGGACUUAAUGAUGAUGGUGAAAACUCAGCUCCACUGGUCAUCUGUCCUGUAGAUGUCACUGACUGACUGUUUUAAAUCAGACAACCUACUGGUCAUCUGUCCUGUAGAUAUCACUGACUGACUGUUUUAAAUCAAACCAGGGAGGUAGAGACAGUUGGCAAGACGAUGAAAUAUGAGGGAACAUUCAUUUGCAAAUGAGUUCUCAGAUUUGCAAAAACCUUGGAUGUUUCUAGUAUCCAUACUUUAUAUUGUUUCUGUUGUCAGGUUAAUGUGUGUUAUGCAGUGUUAAUUUUGUCAACAAAAAUAGUGAGGAAAAUGUUUGUUAAAAUUAAAAAUUUUCAGUGGCAGUUGAUGAGACAAUUACUAAACAGAUCCAGAAAAGACAACAACAAAAUUGAAAAAUAUUUUUCUUUUUUUUUUACUAAAAAAGGAGACCACACAAAAUUAUCUUUGUGAUGAAAGUCUUGUAUAACUACCAUGAUUGGAUUGCAGGAUUUUGGAAAGAGAGCUUCUCAGUGUUUAUUUUAAUUAGCAGAUUAUACAUAUUUUCUUUCUCAUCCCUGUGCUCAAGUGCUAUUCAAGUCCCUUAUAUUUGACAGUCCAUAGUUUUCCAAAACAGACUGUACUGUGCACCAGUAUAACAUACUGUAGCCAGAUGGUCAAAUGGGACCUAGUGGUAUUACUUUCCUUUAAUGAGGUUAUAUUUAAUGCUGUAAAAAAUUAUUUCUACAACUCAAUUCAGUUUGAAUGUUGAAUUUCUCAGGCAUUGGGAAUGUAAUGGUCCCAGCACCACCUGUAACUUUAUCAAUUACAUAUAGUGGAAAAUGAGUACCCAGUCAAGUCAGUGGAGAGAUACAUUCAAUUAUAUAGAGGGAGAUAUGGAUAGAAGGACUGAACAUCCAUGAAACAUAUAGAGGGAUGUGAGAAGGACUGAACAUCCAUGAAACAUAUAGAGGAAGCUAUUUGAGAAGGACUGACCAUACAUGAAACAUAUAGAGGAAGCUAUUUGAGAAGGACUGACUAUACAUGAAACAUAUAGAGGGAGCUAUUUGAGAAGGACUGACCAUCCAUAAAACCAAAUAAUUGUUUUAAGGUAACCAUGUCUUAGUUUUCCACAAUGCAGAAUAAAAAGCACAUAUUUUCUAUUCUGAUUAAAUGUAACAGUUGAACUUAAAAUUAGUUAUUUAUAUAUGGUAUUUCUUAAAAUCUUUCAAGAAUCAAUAUACAGUUAAAUUAAUUUAAGGUUUAAAAACAGAUUGAACAAUUCUGAGGGGUAUGCUACAAAGCGAGGUAACUGGCUUACCGAGGUAACUCAGGAGUAACUUGGUGACGUCGGGUGUAACUUCCCAAUUAAUCCGUCCUACAAAAGGUGAAUACGUUUUACCCGAGGUAUGUUGUCAUGGCAACUUACGCUGCAUUUCUAAACUGCUCCAAGCAGGGGCAUUCAAUCCAUAGACAUACUAAAGAGUAGACGUGGCAUCGACCGUUACUGCCUACUGGCGCUGACGAGCCAUGGGGCCGCUAUCUUGGACCGCUCAGCCGCUCCACUCAAGUGAAAUCUAUUUUGGCAGGUGAAAUGAGCUGUCAGCGCAUUUAAUUAAUCAUACCUCAAGGAAUACCUUACUGAUUUUCACGCGGGUUUUUUUGUUGGAAAGGUCAUUCAUGUAGCUAUGAUACAGGGCACAUGGUUCGGCGUAUUUUAAAAUUCAUAGUGGGCUUAACAGUAAUAGAAUAUUCAGAUAUAUGAUAUAAAGUGACCAGACGUCUGAGAUCAAAAAUGGGAACAUAAUCCCCAAAAAGGGAGAAAAGCAGGGACAUUUCCAGUUUG